AUGGAAGAUACCGAGAAGGACAAUAAGUACGAGGAAACUCAGAAGAAAAGGCUGUCAGAUCUUUGCACGUCGGUCAUAACAAAUUCAAAGGAUGUGGACAAGAUGAAUGAGCUGUUUGAGGAGUUGAAGAAAUCGCCCGGGCUGUCUUCCGACAUAUGGAAUCACGACUCCAUGCCUGUUUUUCUACUUCAGGAGGUGAUCACGCCCUACAUGACUCUGAGCACAAACAUGUUUGAUGAGAUGGAAUACCACAGACUGUAUACUGUUCUGAACAUUCUCCAGAUACUAGUGAGCGACCCCAAGAUAAAGAGGGUCUUUGUUGAUGCUAGAUUUCCUUACUACAUAUACAGAUACCUUGUGAUAUCCGAUUCCGACUCCAAAUAUGAGACACUGAGAAUCUCUGCCUUAGGAGUGGUGGCAUCGCUGCUCCAGAAUGGGGAUCAGUACAUCCACAAGCAGCUAAAAACAACGGAGGUUGUUCCUCUUCUUCUCAAAAUAGUUGACCUCGGCUCGGAAGCAUCCCAGCUACUUUCGGCAAAUGUCUUUGGACUGAUAAUAGGAAGUGACGACGGGCUUAACUAUGCAUGCCAGACAUUUGAUAGAUUUUCAGCAAUAAACCUGAUGUUCAAUUCAUUGGCAUCCCAAGGCGUCAGCGUCGGGUCUGUAAAGCUUGUGAAGGCUGCACUGAGGAUCUACAUCAGGCUCUGUGCAAAGCCUCACAUCAGGACAUUGCUAAGCUCAAAAAAGCCCGAUGGACUAUUUACUAGCGAGGCAAGCUCACUGAUCUCAUCUGAUGCAGAGUGCAAGGCACUGUUCAAGUCUUUUACGGACAUGAUAUGCUGA